UUAUCUUCCCCCUGCCGGUGUACCUGAAUGGCGUGGAAACUACAGCGGACACAAUCGUAGCAAAACAGUGAAGAAAUAAUCUAUAAAUCUUCAUUAAAUAAUAAUAUGACCUUUGUUAAGUAGUAGUAGUUGCCAUGGGAAGAGAGGAGGGCAGUAAAGCUGAUUCGGCGGAGAGUUUCCACCCGAGUGAUGAGGAAAUAGAGACGUGGAUGGCCAGCGCUUUCGACAUGGCCAAAGAUGCUCUGGAGAAUGGCGAGGUGCCGGUUGGAUGUCUGAUGGUCUACAAUGAUGAAGUUGUGGGGAAAGGACGGAACGAAGUCAAUGAAACCAAAAAUGCGACUCGCCACGCUGAGAUGGUGGCCCUGGACCAGCUCCUGGACUGGUGUCGCCGCAGCAGCCUGGAUGUGAGCAGCGUGUGCCAGCGAACGGCCCUGUACGUCACCGUAGAGCCAUGCAUCAUGUGUGCUGCAGCCCUGCGCCUCCUCUAUAUCCCAGUGGUCGUGUACGGCUGCAGCAACGAGCGGUUUGGAGGCUGCGGUUCAGUUCUAGACGUUUCCUCUGAAAACUUACCUCAGACCGGGACAACGUUCAAGUGUGUUUCAGGUCACAGAGCAGAAGAAGCUGUAGAGAUGCUGAAGACUUUCUACAAACAGGAGAAUCCAAAUGCCCCGAAACCCAAAACGAGGAAAGACUGAGCUUUCACAGACAAACCAGCUGCAGAUUCAGUUUUUAUUUUCCUUGUAUUACUUUUAUAUUACAUAUUUUUAUUUUAUUUUAUUUAUAAAUGCCAUUAUCAAAAAAAA